AUACCUAGUACAAUGGAGGUCGAAUCCCAAGUACUCAAAGCCUUUAGUGAACCGGACAAUCUCGAUCUUCUUUCCCGUACAAUCGUAGAUGGUCACCUGUGUCAGGAUCAUCCCAGUGCUUCCUCAUCCGCUUCUCUUCUCUCUCUUGACCCUCAUCUUCCCAUUUCGGACGGUCAGCGGAUCAGACGUAGCUAUUCAGCUGGUCAUCUGAUUGUUACAGUUCGUGUCUCAUGUGCCGCCGUGAUUCACCAACAUGCAUUCCAUACUCCUGCUCCUUCAUCAGGCAACCAUCCUGAUUCAUCCAUCGGUGAUGGUGACGAUGACUGUAACGAUGCAAAUGAUGCGUCUCCUAGCCUGCAGUAUGAACGCUUCGGUGAAAGCUCUCUUGGCGAAGGUGUAGUUUCUAUUGAAGGAAUAAAUUACACUCUUCUCAAUCAUAUGUCUAUACCCCGGCGACGGGAGUUUUCCGAACAAUUCCGUGACUUGGCGCAGCUCCAUCGGCAAGUUGAUGUCCCACGUGCCAAAUGGGAUGACGCAUCCCGCCUCUUUCCCAAACAGUUUGGGCUUCCGCCUUCUGUGGCACUCAGCAUCUGCGUUGGGGUAUCGGCUCCCCAUGAUGACUGCUGUGGCCUAUCCCUUGAUCUUGUUUACGAUCCUAGCGCUGCUGAUUUCGUUGGCCAGUGGGAAAGCAAUCAGCCCCACCUCUUUCAGCAGAAGAGCAAGCAUCGCAAUCAAACCCGAGUUCUCUAUGUCACCGCUUGCGAAGACGACGAAAUUCAAAACGAAAUUGUCGAAAUUCCCGAGAACAACAUCAACGCAGCUGCAACUUUAAUUACCUGA